CACCUCACGGGCAGCGAGAGACACCAAGCACGCGCUGAUCUUUGUCCUGUUGUCAUUUCCCACUCAGUGUAUGCUCUGUAUCCGUAGGUUCUGAUGUUGUUGUUGACUUCCACACGCCGGUUGUGCCCGCUGGGGAGUGGCAGCGUAGUAGCGAUGAUGCGGCUGGGGACAAGACCGAGCUCUUCUUCCGCGGCUGGCGGCGGCAAAACCAAGCUCAUUAUCCUGGGGACGGGAUGGGGCGGGUUUCGCGUUGCCCGCGAGGUGGACAAGAAGAAGUACGACGUGACCGUCAUCAGCCCUCGCAACCACUUCCUGUUCACGCCACUGCUUCCCUCGACCACCGUCGGGACUCUCGAGUUCAGGUGUAUUCAAGAGCCCGUUCGCACAAUCAAAGGGCUCCACUACCUCCAGGCAUCGGUCCUGAGCGUAGAUUUCGAGUCCAAAACCCUGCGAUGUCAGGAAGCGUUCAAGGGCACGGAGCACGAAGUCGACUACGACUCUCUCGUUAUCGCUACCGGUGCUAAGAACAAUACCUUCGGUGUGCCCGGCGUCAGCGAGGAAAAUCACGUGUUCUUUUUGAAGCAGCUCAGCGACGCCCGCAACAUCCGCAACCGCCUGCUAGAAUGCUUCGAGCGGGCCGCGAGCCCCUUCAUCUCCGAGGAGGAGGGGUCUCGGCUUUUGUCAUUCGUCGUUGUCGGCGGGGGUCCGACAUCCAUCGAGUACGCGGCCGAGCUGCAUGACUUUUUGAGGACGGAUGUGAAGAGAUGGUACCCAGACUUACAACACAAGGUGUCGGUUCAUCUGGUCGAGGCUAGCGACCGCAUCAUGGGCAGUUUCGACGAAAAGCUCAUCAGCUACACCACUCGGCUUCUUGAGAACCGCAAGGUGGAAGUUCUGCUCAACACAUCCGUGGCGUCGGUGGGGCCGACGGAGUGCACUCUUGAUGAUGGCCGCAAGUUACCGUUCGGGCUAAUGGUGUGGUCGACCGGCCUAGCCCCCACGGAGCUCGUCUCUUCGAUGGAAGGGGUCGAGAAAGAGAGGGGCAGGAUCAAGAUCGACGGGCGGUUGAGGGUUCCAGGGAUGGACGGCGUUUUUGCUUUGGGGGACGCCGCGGCCAACCCCGAGAAUCCGCUGGGGCCACUCGCGCAAGUUGCCGAUCAGCAGGGCAAGUACCUGGCGAAAUGCUUCUCCAAGAGCAGCGACGUUGGCCAUUCCGACAUGCCUCCGUUCUACUAUCGUCACCUGGGUUCGAUGGCGCAAGUCGGCGACUGGAAAGCCAUCGCAGACUUGAAAGGGGUACGCGGUGGCGGUGGCAGUGAGGCAGGAGGGCCUGUUCUGGAUGGGUUCCUGGCGUUCGUGACUUGGCGAAGCGCAUACUGGACGAAGACCGUGAGCGUUGCCAACAAGGUGUUGAUACCGAUGCACUGGUUCAAGGCAUGGGCUUUCGGGAGAGACAUCAGUCGCUUUUGAAACGGGAAGAAAGCAGAUUCACUUGGUGUCGAAUGGAAGGACUGACUCCCGCCUGUUCUCGAAGCUCGUUCGUUGCGCAAGAUAGAAUCAUGUACUUCGGAUCGGCGACGGCAAGAUGGUACCAAGUAGCAGCUGUUUGGCCCACAGCGCAGAUUUCGAUGGUGCGCCAAGAGGGGAAAGGACGCGAGGAGGCGCUUUUUCGGGGGCGGGAGGGGGCAACCUCGCCACAAUUCACUAAGUUGCGGAGCAUACCGAAAGAUGAACGUAGCGAGAGGCUGGCAGCGCCGGGUAUCUAGGAGAAAAGGCAGAUAGUUGUGACAUCCCAUGUUUAAUCCAAGAGUACGUCGUCGUGGUCGGUAUGUGCUCCCGCUUGCGCACACGUCGUAUGCAUUAUAUAACAUUUUGACGGCGUUGCACAUACCAAAAUUAUGACAAGUGGCAGGCAACGGUCAACACGUACAAAGAUAGUCUACUUUGAAGCUUGGAGAUGCGUUUGUCCGCGUCGACACAGAGAGACCUCCGU